AUGUUCCCGCUUCUGUUCCUGCCCGCUCUUGCGGCUGCCGCUCCCGCGGCCAGACAGGCCCAGACUCCUGCCAUCAUGCCCUUGUCUUAUAAGUACGGAGGCUAUCCCAAGGUCUCUACCGACAUCGUCUAUGGUACUCCCGGUCAAGCCCCCAUCGAAACUGUCAUUGACACAGGCUCUGCCAAUUUCUGGGUCUACGGUCCCGAUGGCAAGGUCAACUCUGGCAGCCCUUACCUCUUCGGCACCGGUCCUUGCACUGAGGAUGUGACGCCCUUCUUCAACUACCCCGAAUCGUCGACCGCCACCGAUGUCAAGGAUUCCCCCCGUGCCUUUGCCUACGGCGGCAACGGCAAGAUCAUCCAAGCGCCCCGCAGCGUCAACGACACCAUCUCCUUCACCAACACCAAAUACCCCAGCCUGCUCGACCAGCAAGUCCAGCUGGCCAACUACACGGUGAUCCGCUCGUCGGCCACGACCUGCAACGGCAUGGUCUACGAGCGCAGCAUCCUCGGCCUGUCCGAGAACACGGCCGACACGACCGGCCCGUCCUUCCGCGGCAACCUCCUCUCCUCGGGCCGCAUCGAAUCGCCCACGCUGUCCAUGUGGUUCGACAAGCCGCCGGCCGACGUCAGGGGCGAGUUCCGCGGCACCGCGCUGUUCGGCGCGCUGCCCGGUCCGGAAAAGUACUCGGGCCCGCUCGUCAAAGUGGCGCUGGACCCUCCGGAGGGCACGUACGUGGGCUACUACGUGGCGACGCCCAAGAUCAGCUACGAGGGCAAGCAGUUCGCCAUCGACACCGAGACGGUGCCGCGCUGCCUCGUCGACUCGGGCUUCGGCACCGAGAACAUCCCGCUCGUGACCAAGGACUUCCUCGACGCCACGGGCGCCGUCGACAACCACGGCUACCCGGCCUGGCCCGGCUCGUGCGACAGCAUCCCGGCCAACAAGACCCUCGACUACACCUUCACCGGCGUCGACGGCCGCGACGUCACCGUCCGCGUGCCCCUGAGGAGCUACGCUAGGGGUAUUAACGACUACUAUAACGAGACCAACGUGUGCGCCCUCAGCUUCACCCUCGAUACGAGCGGCAUGUGUGCCGUCGGCGCACCUUUCUUUACCAGUGCCUUUUUGGCUUUUAACGAUGAUGGCAAGGAGGUUGCCAUUGCCCAGGGCGGCGUGUCGACCACCGCUGAUGAGGGCGUCGAUGGUUUGGGAGAGGUCACCGUUGUGAAGAGCGGUGCCGGUCUGCCUUAA